CGCUUGCGUUUGCUAAUAACGCUUCCCCAUUUGAGCCAUGAGCGAUCCAAGUGCCUACGCUUAUCCUAGCAGUAAUUCAGCUCGCCUUUCAACCACAUCAUCCGUAUAUACAGAUGGUCGACAAAAUAGAACUAAGUCUCUCUUGGAGAGAAACCUCAACCGAACAAAGGGUGCAGAGGUCAGCUUGAGUGCGCUAUCAUUCCUCUUUUCAGAGAUGAUUCAAUAUGCACAAAAGCGUGUCAAUGGCAUUCAAGACCUGGAGCGAAAACUAAACGAGUUGGGAUAUCGAGUUGGACUUCGUAUGCUGGAGCUGUUGGUGUGGAGAGACAGGAACCCUAAACGUGAAACGCGAGUACUGAGUAUCUUAUACUUCAUUCACACCGCAUUGUGGAAAGGUCUCUUUGGCAAGCAAGCCGAUUCCUUGGAAAAAUCAACUGAGAAUGAAGACGAGUUCAUGAUUUCAGAUAACGAGCCCAUCCUCACCAAGUACAUCUCCGUGCCACGAGAGCUAUCGCAGCUAAACUGUAAUGCGUUCAUAGCAGGUGUGGUUGAAGCUAUUUUAGAUAGUGCACAAUUCCCUGCUCGAGUCACUGCUCACACCGUGCCAAUUGAUGGCUUUCCAUUGAGAACGACCAUCCUGAUCAAGUUUGACAAGGAGGUGUUGGAGCGUGAAGAAAUGCUCAAGUAGAUUCCCGUCCCUAAACAUUCUCCCGCUUCUCUUUUUCUCAUACCGAAAUUACCAGUGUAAUAUAAUAUACAACUACUUUUCCCUCUUAUUUUAUUGCGUGCAUUUUGCUCAUGGACAUUGGCAUGGGUCAUUGAUCUAUUUUUUCUUUCCCUUGCCAGUUUUAUCGACGACUUCAAUGUACUUUUUAGGAACUCCUUGCGAAAGCAGUAGCUCGGUGACAUGCUUAGUCUGCGGUCCUUGAACCAUGAUCUCCUGCUGAGGGUUUUUGGGGCUGGAUCCAUGCACUGGGUUGGCUAUAUUCAACAAAGCUUAGCAAAGUAAUUUUGAAUACUAUAUCUAA